AUGGAUUCAAAUUUCAAAACCUCACCCCAAAAAAUUAUUACCGAUCCCUGGUCGUAUUGUGUUGAUGUUGCUAAUACAAAAGACUUGAUUCACCCAUACUUUAAUGCCGUGCAGGCAAGAUUUUGGACCUUCGAACAUUACAUUAACUGGGUAUAUGAGAAUACUGAACUUCCUAUUUGGACCGCAUGCGUAGAACAAUUUUACGGAUCUUUGCGUGCCAUCAAUAAAUACAGAACAGUACCCCUUGGCGUUCGAGCAUAUGUGAAAAGCGUCGUGGACAAUAUGAAUGAGACUGAAAGCAAAGGUACGAUAGAUGCCUUAGAGAAGAUAUAUCUAGCACUAGUAAAGGAACGACGGGAUAAAAAUCUUUACAAGACCUUGCUACAUGCAAAAUCUAAUAAGAGAGCAUAUGCUAAAGCCACGGGCAUGGUUAGUUCGAAAAGGCAAGUGAAAAGAAAAACGGAUGAUGAAGAACCAACGAAAGUAACAGAAGACUCAGAAUCUGUUCUCUUUGAUGAGUCGAAUGAAGACGCUUUAAUUGAUGCUAUAGAUGAAUUUGGAUUGAAAGAAGAAACAAGAUUGCCAAUUUUAAAAACAAUUCUUGGUAGGGGAGAGAUUCAGGCACUUGGUUCCAAAGACUCUAGGAAUGAAAAUGCAGAUCCUUUUGUCAAAGCUCGCAUGGGAAGGAAAGUAGAUAUGAAAGGCAUCCUGACAAGAACUUUCAAUAAGUUUGAAGCAUUAUAUGGUGAAGUGGCAUGCGGGUUAUGUCCACUUGGCAUGUCACUUGCUUUACAGAAAAAUAA